GUGACGUGCUCCCCCCUCGGCUGCUGAGCGUCUCUGUGUCCACAUGCGCUCAGUGAGGGUGAGGGUGCAGACAGGCAGCGGGUCAGCCUCUGGGAUUUACUAUUCGCAGUGAAGUGAGCACCUGCACUACGAAGCCUUCCACAUAUAUUUUUUGUUGUUUUUAUUUUUACUGUACUUGUGGGCUUUGGGGGAACAAGCUGCCAUCAUGUCUCGGGCUCCAGACGGUGUGAGCAAGCUCACAGAAAGCACGUACAAGAAUGUGAUGGAGCAGUUCAACCCGGGCCUGAGGAGCCUGGUCACACUCGGGAAGAGCUAUGAGAAAUCGGUCACAGCGAUGACUCUGGCCGGAAAGGUCUAUUUUGAAGCAGUGUCAAAGAUCGGGGAGAAUGCCAUGGUGUCUCCGGUCUCCAGAGAGCUCGGUGUGGUUCUUAUGGAGAUUGCAGAGACUCACAGGAAGCUCCAAAAUGAACUCGACGAGAGUUUCAAGAGUUUUCACAGUGACAUUAUCAUCGAGCUGGAGAAGAAAACAGAGAUGGAUGUGAAAUACAUGAAUGCCACCUUCAAGCGCUACCAGUCGGAGCACAAGCUGAAGCAGGACACCCUGGAGCGCUCUCAGACAGACCUGAAGAAGCUCCGGAGGAAAAGCCAGGGCAAGAACUCGUCCAAAUACACCAUCAAAGAGAACGAGUACAUGGAGACCAUCUCGUCGCGCCAGACGGACAUGCAGAAGUUCAUCGCCGACGGCUGCAGGGAGGCCUUGCUUGAAGAAAAGAGACGCUUCUGCUUCCUGGCGGACAAACACUGCAUGUUCUCCUAUCAGCUCAGCAACUUCCACGGGAAGGCGAGAGAGCUGCUGUCCACGAAGCUCCCCACCUGGCAGGAGAAGUGCAGCGACAUCACCAAGGUGCCGGAGACGGUGGAGACCAUGAUCGAGGGCCUCGCCCCGACUCCAGCACAAUCGCCGCUGGUGGAACACAACAACAGGAACAAUAUGGAGUCAAUGGUUCCUCCUCCAGCACCACCGCUGAAGGCUCAGAUAAGUCCGCUCGCCAAUAUGUUCAACCCAGAGCCCAGGUCAUCGCACACCUCCUUAGACCACAACUCAGACCAGGGCAGCCUCGGAAAUGACAGCAUGCACCGGUCGGUUUCCAUGUCGUCCGGUCUCAACGUUGGCAGGAAGAACCGGGUCAGGACCAUCUUCCCUCACACGUCGGGCAACAACGACACGCUCCUCAGCUUCGACGAGGGCGACAUCCUCACCGUGCUCGGUCACGAGGAGAAGGAUGGCUGGCUGUACGGAGAGCUGGAGAAGACAAGGCAGCGGGGCUGGUUUCCCUCAUCUUACUGCCGACCUUACACUGAGCCAGUUCUAUCAAAUAGCAAUAUGAGUACGCCAGUGCGUAGUCUGAGUGUGGCCAGUCUGCAAGAGGAGGAGGAAGAUCUGGUGUUAAUUCCACCACCAGACUACAGCGACGACCCCCCCCCCAGCCCACUAGUCACCUCGAUGCCCUCACCGCAGAACAAGGUGUCUUUAGUCAAUGGGACUGCUAAGGCUGCUUUUCUAGGGGGAGGGAAUCCAUUCGCCACGGUCAAGCUGAGGCCAACAGUAACGAAUGACAGAUCGGCGCCACACAUCUAGCGGGCAGCAGGAGAAGUUUCACCGCUGUCCCACCUUCAGGGGAAUGAUGGGAAACAUUGGACCCCUGAGACUUGAUGCUUAUCACCACAACCUGACAUCUCACCAGCCUGCAUGCUAGUCUCUCUCAGUACCAGUCCGCUCUAUUAAAGGGAACCAUUGUUUCUUGGCAUAAGUGUGCUUUACUGUGCCAGUGGGUGUUUUAGAUUAGCCACAGCAGUGAAACAUUACAUAAUCAACACGUGGACAUUCUGACAAACUUUGUAGUGCAAAGACAUUGUUUCAUAAUGCUAUAUACACCCUGUCUUACAGGUUCAAUGUGUAGAAUUAAGCGACAUCUAGUGGUGAAGUUGCAUGUUGCAGCUGAAUCUCCCUCACCUCGCCCUCCCCUUCCGACCGUGACAGAGAAGCUGUGGCCGCCUUCAGUUGUCAUAAAAACUCAAAAGCUGUUUAGUUUGUCCAGUUUGGGUUACUGUAAAAAAACAUGGCAGCCUCCAUAGAGAGGACCUGCUCCCGAUGUAAAUAUAAAGUAUUUAAAUAUAAACGGCCCUUUCUAGGGUAAAGAAAACAAAUAUUUGUACAAUUGAGAUGAGACACACUAGUAAAAAUAUCACAAGGAUUAUUUUAUAUUAAAUUUUUACCAAUAGAUUCCUUUCUCCUAAAUCUUAAACACUGGACCUUUAAAUUAAUAAUCCAGCCCAAAAUGUAAAUGUUGGUUUGGUCUUAUACUUGUCACUUAAAGUUACAAUAGAAUUGAGUUACAUGCAUUUGCAAGUUGAAUACCUCUUAUAUGAGGUAGCAGGAAAGGUUCAGUUUACAUGAGCAGUAUAAUUCAGUGAAGCUUACAAGGUGUGAAAUAUCAGCUUUCAUAGACAUUCACCAAUUAGAUCAAAAUGCACUGGACUACGUGCAUGCAUCGCAUAUCCUGGAUAAUACCUGACGUAAUAAUAAAUUGAAUAUCUAUUAGAAAUAUAAAAACACUGUCCAAGCUGUUUUCAAAAUACUGAAAGGUUCAGAGUUGUGUCUGGAAGAAAAAAAAAAUUCACCAGGCAGAUGCUAGCUCCUGCAAGAGUUACAAAAAAUUAUCUAUUUUAAGCAGAUAUAAUAAUGGACAGGUGGAAAACUCCGAAUGAAUUUGACCUCAACAGUGCCAUGUGCUACUAAGAUAUAUUGUGAGUCAAUUAAAUAUCUAAGGAUCUUUAAAUGACCUGUGACUACGGAGAAUAAACCUACAUCUUCAUUUUGGGCUGAAAGAGAAGUGUCAUCAGGUGUUUUCAGGCUUGUGUGCACUGCAGUCAGUGCAGUGUACAUACAGGACGAUGAUGAGAUCCAGAUGUAAAAUUACAGUGGCCUGAUGCCCUCAGGCUGUCUUCCUGACUUGCAAAAAAAAAAAUUGUAUAAAUUGUUAUUUCUAUUUCUCUUAACUUUAUCUUUCGUCUUUCUUUGAGAUAUACGGAGGUUGUGAGAAUGAAGGAAGAGUGGCCUAUUGGGAAAAAGGUUGGUCGUUGGAGUGAAGGCAAAUCAGUAGAGAAGGCUAUUUAUAUACAGAAAGUUUAUAUUUAAAUAAAAUAUGUACACAGAAGUCCAUGUUUAAAGGGCCAUAAAGAUGCUUCUUUAAAUACGAUAGCCAAUGAGCUCAUUAGGCUUUGGAUCCCUCACAGAUUUUGAUUUGACUGCUGGUAUGUAUUUCUUAUGGGUAAAAUGACCUUUUGAUGAAGGGAAUAUUUUCACUACUCACGGCUCCACUGUUCUUUAAUGUAGAUUCUGUGAAUGAUGCACAGUUUAUGCAAAAUAAAAAAUGGAAAUCUAGUUAUUUGCAUUUUCUGUGAAUACAGUGGGUCAUUAAGUAUUACGUUCUUUUGUGAGGAAAGGGCCAUUUUGCCAUGUUAUUGCUUUGCAGGAUGUGAAUGUAUGAUGAGGAACUGAAUGAUGAAAAACUGUUUAUUGACCCACUGGUGUGUAUUGGUAAACCCUUCACACUGACGUAGUUAAUGCCACAUGCUUUCUUCAGAGUACAUUCCCACUGUGUCCACCGACGUCUUCUUUUAUUCUCAGUGAAACAUGUUAAAGUAAAAGUUUGCACAAUAAAGGUUCAACUGCAUUAUC